AUGCCGUUAAUCUCUGUCUUCCUUCUGAUGGCCAGUACUAUGUUUGAGCGGGAUCUCGAUUCUAUCCGCGAACAGCACGACAUCUUGCAGCAGUCCACAGAUAAGCAGGAGAGGCUGGAGCAGGCAUUCCGCACCCGGCUGGAGGACCGCUGCCGUCGACUAGAACAGGUCAACAAACAGCUGAAGGCCAAGCUAGAAGAUGAGCGGCGGCAGACUGACUCGGUUGUGCUGCACGCCCGGGAUGAGAUGAUGGAGGAGCUGAUGCGGCGUGACCGUAUCAUACACACCUUAACUGCACAGCACACUGGCCAGGAGGAAUGUGAUCGGCUUCGACAUGAGAUUGUGGACCUUGGAGAGAAAGGGCAGGUGAUACCGCAACUUGAGACACGAGUGUCUGAGAGUGAUGCACGGCUAAAGCGUGUCAAUGAGGAGUUCACAAGGCAGGUGUCACAGGCAAUUCCCAUCCGAGAGUUUGAAGCUGCCCUGCGGGAGCUGAGAGAGGUUUCCACCAGGCAAGAUGCACUGGAUAUUCAGCAGCGCGAGCGGCUGGAGAGUGAUGUCAACUUGCUACGACUUCAGCUGGAACGCUGCAAGCAGCCCUACUCCCCUGACGGUAUGCCAUCUGAACCUCCGGGUAACGUAACUCCACAGCAGAUCUGCGACUUUGAGGCACUUCUCUGUCGGCGUGAGUGUCACAUUCAGCAACUCCAAGAGGAUGUGGUGAAGUGGCGGCAGCUGUACUCGGAUGAGUUGAACCUGGUUGCUUCCACGGACACUAACGGCUUGCGCAGUUAUCCGACACGGUCUCAGUCACUGGCCGACGUCACAUCCGAUGAGCGCAACUCGUCCGAUCAGCAUCGUCAGCAGCAACAACAGCAGCAGCAGGAACAACAACGACGCCGCGUUGAGAUCGUGAGCGCUGACCUGUUCUCCGCCAAUCGGCGCGUGGUGGAGCUGGAGACGGUCGUCAAGCAGCUGCGCUUCCUCAUGACCGACCUCAGCAAGGAGUUGACGAACGUGCGACGCCUACGCGAUGAAGAUGAGCGGCAGGUCGGGAGAGACAUCGCCACCGCCGCCACCACCGCUGCGGGAGACCGUGAAAACCGCAAUGGAGGUCAUGACGGUGGCGGUGAUGAUGAAAGAGCCGCUUCUCCCGACUCCUCAAGCUCGUUCCCCUUAUCGCCAAUCUCCAAGAAUGGCACGUCAUUUGGUAGCGUUGAACAUCUGUAAGCUCGAACGUUUUCCGGUCUUUUGAUGCCGGAGAAUGUACUCAGUACUCUGACUUUGAACAGUCGCUUGUAACGUUACUGGUACGUUUAUAGUUGGGCAACAGAGCGUAUUGCCGGUUUCGUCGCUGUGUUUCUGAUGUCAUGGCACAUGCUGCAGUCACCUAGAACUAUAUCAAUAAUAUUAUAGUGCGCACUGUACAGGAGUUAUUUUUGCAUAAUUAUCAUUUUGCAUGCCAGCGUCUUGAACGGUGCCAUCGUGGUGUCGGGACCGUGCAAGUCCUGGGCCACAUCACCUACUAGUCUGCCCUGGUGUGUGUGUACAGUAUAGGUUGAAUUUCACCUAUUGUCUAUAGGACAACUGUCUCGGUCACACUUAUUGUCUAUAG